UUAUCAUGAUUAAAUUUUAUAGAAAAGUGUACAGUAUUCCAUCAUCUAUUUUCAAAAUAGAAAUGAAAAUGGCGGGCUAAGCAUAUAGUCUCUGUGUGUUCAAAUCUCACAAGCACUCGCACUUGCACAAAGAAAAGCAAGCAGAGAGCGUUUGAGAUUGGGAUGAAGAACAGCGUAGGAGAAAUUACGAGGAAGAAAAUGGAGGAACUUAGAUUGGUUUGUGACAGGGAGAUUCCAAUUCAGCAGCAGAAAAUCGAUGCUGCCACUCGCUCCUUCAAAAAAUCCCUCGAUUCAACCAAGGUCCAAGCACAAGAAACUCUUCAAUUCCACGCAAAACUUGGCAAAUUAAAAGUUGAGCUGAGGGAGUUGGAAGACAAAUUGGUGAAAGCACUUGCAGUUAAGACUCGAAAAGAGGCAAAGCAGAUAGCAGUAGCAGACUCAAUAUCUGCUGCAAAAGAUAGAGUUGAAGAACUUAGAGUGGUUGUGAAAAACCAAAGGGCCAGUAAAGAUGAAUAUGCAGCCAUAAUAUCUAAACAAACUGAUGAACUCAAAGCAUGCGAAGAAAAGCAUAAUCAGACUGCUGAACAGAGAGAGGAAAUAGAAGAGGCUAUUGUGUGGUACAAUAAGGUGCUCGGAUUACAUAUUGAAUGUGGCCAUGGAGUGAAAUUCAUAUUUACCAAUAUUGAUGCCAAUAAUCAGGAUAAGGAGUACAUUUUUACUGUACGUCAUGAGAAUGAUGUAUAUACUCUGAUUGAUUGUGAUCCACAACUAAAUGAUGCAAAAGAGCUGCUCAGAGAGUUAAAUACGAGCAAUGGACUGUUCAAGUUUGUCAGGACUAUGAGAGAAAAGUUUCAAGCAGCCAUAACACAUGGGACAUUUCCUGACAUAGCAUCUCAUGAUCAAGACACUUUCAUGAUCUCUGUGUCUGCCCCCGUUUCUUUCAAUUCAACUGAUAGUAGAAGUGAGUUUUUAUCCCAGCAACAGGAGCAUCAAUCUGAUGAACAUAACAGAAAUUCCAAGAAACUUGACCAUGCCAAAGGGAGUAGGGCAGCAGUCCUAUCUCCUGGAUCUGCAUCAUCCCUCCGUCGUUCUCCUCGUUUUAAGGAGAAGAAAGAGAAAAAGCAAAUGGGACAGUAAAGAAACACUCAAAUUGAAUGGUCACACCCUCGUAGACACUUGAGCAACAUCAUUUUCCACUUUGCCGCCAUCUGGCAAGGUCAAAAGAUGAUAAUGGUUAUGCAGUUACCUUUUCGUUUGAAGUUGCUUACUGCUUAGCCAACAAGUUCUCUAGUCGUGAUAAGCAAAAACUUGAUUUGCUUCUACGUGAAGGUUAGGAUCAGUAACCAGUCAAGUCAGAUGAAUACCUGACCAGAUGUUCAAUGCCUUGCUGUCUUUGCAAAACAUUUCUCGUGGCUGACUUCAAGCUCUGUUGAUUUUUCUCCACGAUCCGUCAUUUGACUUUCGAGUUAGUCAUUUUAUUAUGCUUGGUAGCUAUUUACGGUCUUCACUUUUCUUUUUUUCUCCCCACAGAAGACAGAUCCUUUUUUCUUUUUGUACAUUGUAAUGUAUCAUCAAAUGUUUGUAUUGUAGAUUCUGCAUUCUUUUUACACGUUUCCUUUGAUCUCUUA